AUGGUCGUGGCGAUGGUUCUCCUAUGCCUGCAUUUUCUCGGCUUCACGCGAUGCUCGCUAGUAUUCGACGAGACAAACCAAGAAGCCAGGAAAAACAAAUACUGUUCCCCAGUCGGAGAAUGCCUUCCCGGGACACAUGUCAUGUGCAUGUAUAGUGACAAGACAAUAAUGAGCCCAAGAUGCAGCGGUGGUGAAAUGCUCCCUAUGACUGAAGCUGAGAAAAAUUUAACAUUAGAUUUAUUAAACGAGAUGAAGCGAAAUGUGUCUCAAGGCCGGACUAACCUCCCAAAGGGGUACGGCAUGAGGAAGCUGUUCUGGCACGACUCCCUGGCAGAGUUUGCCCAAACUUGGGCGAAUCAAUGUGACGCAUACCGGCGUGAUCUGUGUCGAGCUUCAGAAGAGUUCCCUAGGAUAGGCCAGACUGUGAGCAUUUUCCGAUUCCACUAUCCAGAUUGGAGUCUGAAAAAUGAAAAUUUUACUGACAAAUCCAAAACUUUGACGCCAGAAAAAAGGAAAAUGGUCAUCGAUGAUUUUGUGAAAACAUUACACGAUCCCUACGUGAAGAAAGAGCAAAUAGAACAGUUUCCUCGCGGUGGCUACAAAAGCAGAUAUCUGACAGCAAUCUAUGGAUCCACCGCAAACGUUGGCUGCGGGAUGUCUACUUACCAUGACUACUUCAGAACCGUAGACGACGACCCAAUCAUUUUUCAUGCAGUAGAAGUGGUUUGUAACUUUUCUAAUGAGCCAAAAGAGGGCGAAACGGUGUACGAGACCAGAUGGUCUUAUGGGGCGGGUUUGACACCCUGUGGCUGUCCUGAGGGCUUCAUCGAAGAUGACUGUCUCUGUGUCCCAGGAAGAAACCCAGAUACAGAUGACAAUCAAAAUGAGAAAGAACAGCAACCAAAUGAACACAACGACAAUAAAGAUAAAGAAAAUAAUGACAAAGAAAAGGGAGAUGAACAACAAAUAAACCCAGAUGACAGACCGAAAGAAGACAAAAACAAAGAAAAUGAUAACAAAGAUGAUCACAAUAAACACAAAGAAGAGGGACACAAAGAUAAUGCAGAUACCUGUAACAAUGACCCAAGCUGCAUGACUCCUCGAGUUGUGAUAAUGCCAAUCAUCACUGUAGAGGACGCAGACCCGGAAAGAUUGAACGAGGCAGAGAUAGAGGCUAUGGCUAAAAAUAUUGAGCAAAGAAAACAUCGGUUAAGGCAAGUAAUCAAGGAUCGUAUUAAAAACGUAAGGGAUCGAUAUUUUAAAGAAUAUUCCGUUAUUGAACCCGGAACAAGGCAUUCAAAUGGAGGACCAAUAGACGAAGAUACUUUCGUACUGUCUAAAAACGUCCGAAAUUAUACACUUAAUGCGAUUCGCAGAAAAUUUAAUAAUUUGAAAAAGAAUAAAAAAAAUACAAACAUAAAAGUAAAAGACAGAAGAGGCUUUUCUGAUUUAGAUCAGUUAAUAUCGGAAUAUUUGUUGAACCUGAACUAUGACAAUCCCAGGCAUUCCACAGAUGAUAUGGUAGAUUUAGCAGUCAAUGAUAUGAGAGAUAAUAAUAUCAAUGGCAAACAAAUUGAUACACAAAAUUAUUUUAAUCAAAAUGCGCCAAAUAUAAAGAAUGAAGGAAAAGGUUUUCAGAAACUGAUAAUAAUUUAGGUGAUGAUCUCCAAUUUUCUGUGAGUGAUUUGAAUGAUUUGAUGGCUAAAGGAUAUAUCCAAGACAAUCUUAAUAAUCUUAAUAAUUUACAUGUCUUAAAUAAACGAAUUCCGGAUUCCAAUAGAGAAAAAGUAGAUCUUACAGAUUAUGGUAUGCAAGAUGACUUAAAUGUCGUCUAUGAACCAAAAAUCACGGAAAGUCAAAAAAGACAAAAUGUUUUACCAGAUAUAGAAAGUCAUCCACAUAAUGUCCAAGCACAUAAUCCAAACGGGUAUGAUUAUCAGAUAUAUUCUGAAAAUGACCAAAGAUAUGGUAAUGUCGAUCCUCAAUCCGCUUAUGAAGAUUACACUGGAUAUCAAAAUAACGAAAAAUAUGAACAAGAACACGAACAAAACGCACCUUACGUUUAUGAUGCAAAUGAAAUAACGCAUUAUUACUUAGAUAAACUGAGCGGUAACGUUAACGCUGGCCAACAAUUGGACACACUUACUGACAUUGGACAACUACUGAACACAGGCCAUGGGACCAGAAAAGACAUCAUCACUGGGUACAGAAUGCAAAAAGGUACAGACACAAGACGUACAAAAAAGCACAAGCGGCCUAUGCAUCAUGAUAAAAAAUCCAGCAAGUCUUAUCACCACCAGCCCAGGGGAGGGAUGGACGACGAUACACCUCGUUAUUUCGUUCCUGAUCGAGUCAAUCUCAAUGUUAAGCGUGGAUAGAUAGACAAGUCUUAUUAGUGGCGUUGUAUUUAUCAUAUUGGCCUACGUACAUUGAAAAUACAAAACACUUAAAUAGAUAUUCGGGCUGGUGGUCGAGUGGUAAUGACGUUAGCCGCGUAAGCUGAAGACCCGGGUUUGAUUCCCGGCUCGGCCACCAGUGGGC